AAUUUUUUUUGACUCAUGCAAACAUUUUUUGUAACUAAUAAUGGAACCGAAACUGUCCAGAGGGACUUGCCUAUUGGCAUCCUAGGGAGCCUUCUGGUAUGUGUCAUACUAUACAUUGCUGUGUGCUUGGUGAUUACUGGAAUGGUGCCAUAUACAUUACUUGGUGAAGAUGCUCCCUUGGCUGAAGCUUUUGCUGCGAAGGGGUUGAAAUUUGUUACCGUGUUGAUCAGUAUUGGAGCUGUUGCUGGUCUUACUACAACACUUCUUGUUGGUCUGUAUGUUCAGUCACGUUUGUAUCUUGGGCUUGGAAGGGAUGGCCUACUACCUUCAAUAUUUGCUAAAGUUCACCCAACGCUGCAUACUCCUCUGCACUCUCAGAUCUGGGUUGGUUGUGUUGCAGCAGUCUUAGCUGGCCUCUUUAAUGUGCAAGCACUCUCUCAUAUUCUCUCAGUUGGCACACUGACAGGCUACUCAGUUGUAUCAGCUUGUGUGAUCACGCUCCGAUGGAGCGACAAAGCAACUAAUUCUCGCUCCCUUGGAAGUAUCUCAAUCUGGCAGGAGGGUGUUUUGUGCCUUGUCACGGUGGCUCUCUGCGGUUUCGUAGCAGGAAUAUCCUACCGAUUUAGCUACGCUAUUGCCUUCAUCAUAGUAGCUUUUCUGAUAGCUAUUGUUGCCAGCUUUGCUCUCCAGUUUCGACAGGUCUAUGUUCCUGUGGAUGCUCCUCGCUUUUCUUGUCCUGGAGUUCCGCUGGUCCCGGUGCUCUCUGUUUUCUUCAAUAUGUUUUUGUUUGCUCAGCUUCAUGUAGAAGCUUGGUACAGAUUCGUCAUACUUAGUCUCAUCGCGGUGGGGGUCUAUGCCGGAUAUGGUCAGUACUACAGUGCUCCUUCCACGUCAGACCGCUCCUCUGUAGCUUACCAUGGAGUUCCCUCUGAAGCUCCAUGAACAAUUGCAAAUCCUCCAAGUUCAUCCAAAAGUUUACAUUCCACGUGAUCGUCGUGAAGCUGUGGAGGUAAUUAUUUUACUUGCGUUGCUCGAAGCCAA